AUGGCUAAUCGUACAACACAAGUUAUUGAAUGUCUUAAUAAAUUAUAUGAUUUAAUGCCUGAUGAAAUAAUUGCAUAUGAAAAAUUAAAAUAUGCAAUGGAAAAUGCGGUCAUUCAUUAUGGGUCAUCCGUUAUAACUGGUAUAAAUUCUUUACAAAAACUUGAAUCACAUAUUCAAUGUCAUGAACGUCAUACAAUGACUGAUUCAUCAUCAAAUGAACAAUCAAUUGAUUUUGGUUUUAAUUUAAUGAUGUUAUCACAAGAUGAUGGAAAUGUUCAAAAUCCUUCCAGUAGUAUUGCUGAUUUAACAACAGCGUUAUCAUCAACAUUAGCAAAUAAAUUUCUUGUUUUUGAUACAUAUAAAACACGUCAUCAUCAAUUAAUGUUAUAA